AAUUUGGUUAUUGAUAUGUCACCUUCCACAUUACAAGCUAUUGUACAUAUUGAUGAACCUUAUACUCAACAAUGUGUUGUUAGAUCAUUGGAAUCAAGUCCAUUAGAUUUCAAAGUAUCAACAGAUAUUAGCCAAAAUGAAUGUGAAAAAGAUUAUACAACGCCUUUUAUCCAUUUACAAUGGUUGGAAUAUGAGCUUAUUGAUUGGGAUCAUAUACAUCGACCAAGUACUAGUAUCAACAGUAUGUGUAAUGCCUAUUGUAUUCGAAAAGGAUUGAUUCGUAAGUCUCAGUUUGCCUACAAUGUGACAAAGUACCUGUCCAAGUAUCCUGAAAGUAUCUUGUCUCAAGCUAUUCCUGAAACCUGGCAAUUUGAAUUGGAUCAUGUCGACUAUUUUGAAGAAGCCAUGAAUGAAGUAUUUGAAGUGGAACGGGAUCUAUUAGCCAACGAAGAAGAAGAAGGUGAAUUAAAACAUCGAUUCAUUAUUAAACCAAGUCUAGCAAAUAAAGCAGCAGGCAUUCAAGUGUUUGAUUCUUUGGAACAAUUACGAAAUAUUUUUGUGAUGGAAGAUUCUGAUUCAGAAGAAGACGACAAUGAAGAAGAUAUAUCUCAAGUGCGUGAAUGGGUUAUUCAACGUUAUAUUGACCAUCCACUUCUUGUACAUCAACGCAAAUUCCAUGUACGAGCAUACGUUUUGGCAGUGGGUAAUAUUCAAGUUUAUCUUUAUCGUGACAUGCUUGCUUUAUUUGCUAUGAAGGAUUAUACCCUGGAGAACCUCUCUGAUACUCUGAUCCAUUUGACUAAUACUUGUAUACAAACCGAUCAAGCUGAUUUUGAUGAACAAGCAUCAGUAAAGUUAUUCUGGGAAUUGGAACAAUGUGGUAUAGCGAAAAAGGAUUUGGAUUCUAUCUUUACCAAGAUGCAACUUAUUUUGAAGGAUGUCUUUGAUGCCUGCUCAAGUGAAAUGACGACUUUUCAAGCCCUACCUAAUGUAUUUGAAUUAUUUGGUGUUGAUUUUAUGAUUGAUCAAGAUAUGAAUGUCUAUUUCUUGGAAACAAAUGCCUUUCCCGAUUUCAAACAAACAGGUACCAGACUACAAAACGUGAUUCAAGAACUUUUUGAUGCUACAACAAAAACGGCCGUUGAACCAUUUUUUGGAAUGAUUGGGGAAUCGGAUGAACGUAUGAUCAAGGUAUUCGAUCGUCAAUUACUGUCCUUGUAAAUAGUUAGAUAUUAUUAGAAUAUUUGAUAGAUAUUAGAAUAGAGAACAUAUAGAUAAAAAAAAAU